AUGGCAGCUAUUGCGUUACCGAGGCCGAUACCUCCGCACGGCGCCGGCUCCGACAUCGACGGCCCUAUAACACCACCCCAUUCGCUCGAAGAUGUAAACCGCCAAGUUCAAAGCCAGCGCUGUCCUGCCCCACUGCCAAAUAAGCAUAUCCCGGUAUGUCCCACUGGGCCACCAAAAGCCGACGAUACCAAUACGCCGCCAGUCUCUCCAAAGGGUUCUGUCGAAGCUUUGAGUCAGCAAUCUUUACUCUUUCCACCUGAUCACUACGUCAGGAUGGAAGCGGAUAACCUUUGUAUUUUCGAACUCGAUGCCUGCCAGGUCGGUCGCGCAAUUGAUUUCGCCUCCAGACAACCAUUACCUUCGCCAGAGGUGAUGUUCCCUUGGCUUCAUGGCUUGCAUCCAAAGAAUCAUCUUCAGCAGGCCUUCUUCAUGGGUCCGAAAAGGUCUGCAAGGAAUCCACCGACAUGUAGCCGAGGUAUUCUGCUGGUAAAAGCAAAUGGUGAUCUUUCGACGGCACGACUUAAAGGAGCUGUUGCGCCUGAUGAAUUCCUCCAGCCUGGUCCUUGCCCCAGGUUUAUAGAGCCAGAUCCUGAGGAAGGAUUCUCGGUGAGAAACUUUCAGAUUCAAACAGCAAAGGCGGCUCUUGUAUCUGAUGUGAUUGUGUAUGGAGAGACCCCCGCGGAAAACAAGAAAGUAGCCUGGGAAGUUGCUGCGGCUCAGUUACUUCAAAGGCAAUCACAAUCGGGACAAAGGGGACAUAUCACUGAAUAUAACACCUUCAUUUGCACAAGUCCCUUUUCGGAUUUUGAAGACGCCCAUAGCGACAUUGUUGCGAUCGACUCCGACGGUGGUGUUACCGGAAAGGUCCUGGAUUUUAUCCAGCAGGAGCGGACCGAAAUGUGGGACAUGACCAGGGCGUCCGAGAUUUCUCUCAACGUUUUCAUGGGUCCUACCCCGGAACCAGAUAGCCCAGAGGAGAAAAUCUUUCAUAUUUUGAUUGAAUGCAGCGAUCUAGGACACCUUAACCCUGGUGCCUUGCAACGUCUGGCCGAAUUAAAGGAUGAGCCAACUACACGCUUUCAUUUUGACUUCCCGUCGUCGGGGAGUAUACUGCCACCAACAUGGUCACACGAUGAGGCUGACGGGAUAAUCGAAACAUGCAAGUGGAUUUAUCAUCUUUCGCAUGGCAUUCGACCAGAUAUUGGUGCUCAUGAUGAGAACGCAGCUCCCAGCACAGCCAGCUAUACCUUCGGGACCCUCGAACCACGGAAAGUUCUCAUCCAUUGCGCUGAUGGAUACACGGAGUCUACCAUGUUGGGAAUCGCAUACCUGAGCUACAGCACGGGACAGCCUGUUUCAAAUGCCUGGUUACAACUCCAUACUUCCAUAGGUCGAAACUUUUUCGCUUAUCCUACUGACGUCGCUUUACUAACCGCAAUUGCCCCUCGACUGUUGAAAGAUUCCCCUGCUUGUGUUGGAUAUAGCCUCGAGCAAAUUACCAAUUUAUUACGGGAUGAGCCCAGGUGGCUGCCUGGUCUCGACGGCUCCUUCCCGAGCCGAAUUCUGGACUAUCUGUAUUUGGGCAAUCUUGGUCACGCAAAUAAUCCAGAUCUUCUGUCAGAACUCGGCAUAGGUCAAAUUUUGAGUGUCGGCGAGACAGCUUCUUGGAGGGAUGGCGAUCUGGAGAAAUGGGGUUCGGACAAUGUUUAUGUUGUGCAAGGAGUUCAAGAUAACGGCAUCGAUCCACUCACGGAUGAGUUCCCUGGAUGCCUCGAGUUUAUAGUGGUUUCCUAA